AUGGCCUUCGCACCUCCAGCAGCUGACCUUGACUGGUCGAAUCUUGGGCUCGCCGUGACCGACAUUGUCAACGGCCACGUCGAAUGCAAAUUCGACCCAACGACCCAAACUUGGCAAGCCCCAACCUUCGUCAAAGACCCCUAUCUCCGGAUUCACGGUCUCGCUCCAGGCCUCAACUAUGGCCAACAAAUAUACGAAGGUCUCAAAGCCACCCGCAAUGCCAACGAAGAGAUCCUCCUCUUCCGCCCUGACAAGCACGCCUCUCGCAUGGCCCACUCCGCCGACCUAGUCUCCAUCCCUGCAAUCCCGAAUACAUUCUUCCUCGACGCCGUCCGCCUCGCCGUAUCCGAGAACGCCGCCUUCGUGCCACCCCACUCCACUAACGCAGCGCUCUACAUCCGCCCACUCGCCUUCGGCGCAGGGGGACAUUUCGCCCUCACCCCUCCCCGCGAGUAUCUCUUCUGUGUGUAUGUGCAGCCCUUCGGCACAUACCAUGGUACUGGAGCAGCGGAUGCGCUAGUCAUUGAGGAGUUUGAUCGUGCUGCGCCCCGCGGCACAGGUCAUGGGAAGGUCGGUGGGAACUAUGCGCCCGUGAUGAAGUAUACAGAGAUGGCGAGAAGAGAGGGGUUCCCGCUCACUUUGCAUUUAGACAGUCAGUCACAGACGGAGGUGGAUGAGUUUUCGACGUCGAGCUUCCUAGGUAUUGUUAGAGACGGAGAUGUGGUUAGGCUUGUUGUGCCGGAUAGUAAGUGUGUUAUUGAUAGUGUGACAAGUGAUUCUGUGCAGGGGAUCGCGAGGAGUUUGGGCUGGGUGGUGGAGAAGAGGAGUGUGCCCUGGGAUACACUUGGCCAGUUCACUGAGGUCAUGGCGGCUGGAACCGCAGCUGCUGUGGUUCCUAUUCAGUCGAUUACGCGGAGGUCGACCGGGGAGAAGCUCGAGUUCGGGAGCGGGCCGUUGUGCUUGGAGUUGUUGACGAGGUUGAGGAAGAUUCAGCGGGGAGAAACUGGAGAGGAGUUUGCUGAGUGGGUAGAGGCUGUGAAGGCGCCGGAGACGGUGUAUGAGAAGUACGCGGGUGAUAAGAUGGCGAACGGUAUUGCAAAUGGCGUUCAUUAG